AUGGCUUCGAAUAUUACAGCUAUGAUGCGCGCAGUCGCACAGUUCGGUCAAGCCCUCAAUGUCUCUGUCGUCGACGUACCCGUUCCGACCAUCCUCAAUGCCACGGAUGUCAUCGUCAAAAUAAACAUGACCGCCAUCUGCGGGAGCGAUAUGCACACCUAUCACGUGGAAUCAGGCUCGCCUGAGCAGCCAUACUUUUACGGUCACGAAGCUAUCGGCUACAUCACAGAGAUAGGGGAUGCCGUCCAAUUUCUGAGCGUGGGUGACUACGUAGUCAUUCCAGACAACCUAGACAACGGACACUGGACUCAGGAGCCUGAUGUAUAUGAUCCGCCGCUGGGCUUUGGCGGCCUAGUGGGGGAGGUACUUCCUGGUGUGCAAACGGAGUAUGCCAGAAUCCCGUUCGCCGACAACUCGUUGAUCCCAGUCCCUGUCAACGCAUCCACAAGUGAAUCGACACUCAUCGAUUAUCUGUUCGUUUCCGAUAUCUUUUCCACUGCUUGGUCUGGUGUCACUUGGUCCGGCUUCACACCGGGAGACUCCGUUGCCGUCUUUGGAGCCGGGCCAGUCGGUCUCCUGGCCGCGUAUUCGGCAGUUAUUCGUGGUGCUUCGCGCGUCUACAGUGUCGACCACGUGCAAGACCGCUUGGACCUUGCUGCAUCCAUCGGUGCUAUACCAAUUAACUACCGCAACUCAUCUGCAGUCGAUCAGAUCAUGCAGAGGGAACCUGGAGGUGUCCGGAGAAGCGUUGAGUGUGUAGGCUUCGAAGCUGAGACCGCAGACGGCACGGUUGACUCGUCCAUCACCCUACGCGAAAUGGUUCAGGUAACGGCACCCGGAGGUGGUAUGGGUAUCGUCGGUCUGUUCAACGACACAUUGAAUGACUUCAGUAUUGGCACGGCUUAUACGAAGCAAAUUGCUAUCAACGGCGGUAUUGUGCUUCCCCUACAGGGUGUUGCAUCGGAACUGGUACCUCUCAUUACUUCUGGUCGGGCUCAUCCUUCGUUUAUUGUCAGCAGUAUCAUUGACAUUGAAGAUGCGCCAGAAUACUACGCGCGAUUCAGCAGGCGUGAGGAGACGAAGGUCGUCAUAAGGCUUUGA